AGACAAAUGACGAAUUGUCAAAAUAGUAAAUUGCAAUGUGGUCAGGAAAAUUUUCAUCAAGAAAUAAUUUAAAAAAUUUAUUAAAAGUUCUUUGAAAUUAGUAGUUUUACAUAUUAUAAAUAAUUUAGAGUUUUAUUGGGAAAUUUAAAUAAAUUGUUUUCAAAAUGGACGAUGACUGGGAGUCUUUAGCUGAGAAAGACAAUAUUGUUAUAGCACCACCCAAAAUUUCAUCAAAUAUAAAUAAAUGGGAAGGUGAAGACGAGGAUGAAGAUGUCAAGGAUAGCUGGGAAGACGAAGAAGAAAAAAAAGAUGAAGAAAAGCAAGAAGCUCAACCUACGCCAUCAAAAACUAAACCGAAGAAAGCACUCCAACAAAAAUUGAAUGAAAAAGAUCGAAAACAAAUUGAAGAAGAAGAACGAUAUGAAAAAAUGACACCUGAAGAAAAAUUAGCUGAAAAAUUACGCUUACAACAAAUUGAAAAAGAAUCAGAUUUUAAAAAUGCUCUUGAUACAUUCGGUGUUCACGAAUCAUUUUCUGGAUUGGAUGCAAUGAAUCCAACAAAUAAAGCUGAAUUUAAUGAAUUUGCUGAAGCGCUUAGCACUAAAAUAUCAAAUUACAAAAGUGAUGAAGAAUAUCCGGCUUUUAUUGAAGUAUUAGUUCGUAGCAUUUGUGCUCAUUUAAGUGCUGCCGAUUUAAAAAAAAUUAAAAUUACUAUUGACAGUUUACAUUUAGAAAAACAAAAAAUGGAAAAAGAAAAGGCGAAAAAACCUUCCACUAAAGGCAAAACUAAGAUUAAACUACGUGUCGAAACUGAUAUUAAGUCUAAUAAUGCCAAUGAUUAUGAUGGUGGAUACGAUGAUUAUGAUGAUUUUAUGUGAAAAACAUUUUUAUUUAUAAUGUAAAAAAUUUUUUUUUUUGUAAAAAUAAAAAGCAAAUUAUUUUUGAAAGAAAAGAACAUUCUUGUUAUCUAUUAUAAAAAAAGAGAUUUAAACAAUAAUAAAAAUCAAAUAAUAAUGUUGAAAGUUUCAUAAAAAAGAAAAAAUUUAUUUUUUUCCAUUUUUUGUUAUUGCAAAUUUAGUUUCGCACACAAGUCAUUUUUUGUUUUAAUAAAAUAAAAAGAAAUAAAGUCAUAGAAUAUUGUAAUCAUUACCGAUUUGAAAUUA